AUGGCUGCCAAGCGUACCAGCCAAACCCGCUCGGCUGCUAAGGUUAAGGUUACCGAGCUCCGGGAGAAGUCGAAGGCCGAGCUGACUCAGACCCUCGAGAACUACAGGCGCGAGCUCCUGGACCUCAAGGUCCAGCAGGUCGCUGGUGCCGCUUCGGCCAAGGGCACCAAGAUCCGUGAGGUUCGCAAGAACGUCGCUCGCGUUCUGACUGUCAUCACCCAGCAGUCGCGCGCUGAGGUCCGUGCCCAGUACGAGGGCAAGAAGCACAUCCCCAAGGACCUCCGCCCCAAGCUUACCCGCGCUCUGCGCCGUGCUCUGACCCCGGAGGAGCGCUCGCGCAAGACCGUGCGUCUGCAGAAGAAGCUGGCCAACUUCCCCCGCCGCCAGUACGCCGUCAAGGCCUAAGCAGCAGUCGUCCAUCUUUCGUAGUCUUACUCUUUGUGUACUCUGGUUUGGGUCUUUUGUUGUGUCCAACAAGAGCUUUUGCCGGUCCCAAAAAUAUGACG